AUGGCCACUACUUUCCCCACCGACGAUCAGCCCCACUAUUCUGGCCCAUUCACUCACUCCGGGAUCGCUCUGACCCCUAACUAUAUAACAUCAUUGAUUCAUGCUACAGACAUCGGCCGUGUAAAGGAUGUUCAAGAGCAGGUCUCAUUGAUCGUCAUUAACCAGAGCGACGCGCAGCUGCUCAGGGUCACCGUUUCCAUGGUGGCCAAGAAGAACAACAUGAUGAGCCAUUGGAGGCGCGCUAAGCUCGAGUAUGCCGAUUCUUGCGAAACUGGCCUGGAGAAGGGCUAUGAAUCUAUCAAGGAGAUUGAUACCCCCGAUGAUGACCAGAAUCCACCAGAAUCACUAGGAGAGGACUGGAUGUCGCGGCUGAAUGAUGACAGACUCAUGUCAUCUCUGUCUAUUCCCGGAACCCAUGACAGUGCAACAUAUACGAGGCCGUGGCCAUUUGUCUCAACCCAAGACUUGAGCAUUCAAGAACAGCUCAACAGUGGGAUCCGUUACUUUGAUCUUCGAGUUGGACUUCGAAACGAUGUGCCUGAGAUGUGCCACGGAGUGGCCUUUCUUGGACUCCAGCUUUCAGACGUGCUGGAUGUCAUGUACGCAUUUCUCGAGCAACACCCUCGGGAAGCCAUCAUUGUACAAAUCAAGCAGGACAGGAAGGCUCAAAAGUCCACCAUUCAUUUUUCACACGCAAUCGUUCAGGCAAUCUCGCUUCGGAGGGAGCGCUGGCGCACCGCCAACACGACACCGACCCUAGCCGAGCUUCGCGGUAGAAUACAGCUCUUCCGCCGCUUCACUGGUCCCAGUCUGUUCGCCUAUGGGAUCGACGUAAGUCAAUGGCAAGACAAUCCCGCAGAACCUUUUACCAUCUGCAACAAGGUACAACUUGUCACCGUCCAGGAUCACUAUAGCUGUUCUGAUCCGAAAUCUCUGCCGUCUCUCAUUGACAGCAAAGGAGGUGAUGUUGCGAAUUUAUUGAAGCGUGCCGCCGAGGACCCGGAUCCUGAGCACUGGUAUGUGAACUUCACCUCGGCUUUCGAAGUCAAUUUCUUCUUUCAGAUACCGCCAAAGAGCAUUGCCGUUGGAGGCUACUAUCUCCUCAGAUGGAUCGACGGGAUGAAUGCCCGAGUCGAAGCAUAUCUUCAGGAUCGCGCGGGAGGAAAGAGAUAUGGCAUUGUGGCAAUGGAUUUCCCGGAGCUUGGAGCCAAGGAGUUGAUUUCUCUGAUUGUCUUGUCUAAUUUCAAGAGGGAGAGCAACUUCCACAGGCGUCCGUUGUUAGUAUUCCUCUGCCUUUCGAUGCUAGUAGUCGUCUCCAUACUUGGAUAUGGCAAGUGGCACCUUUGCGAAGACUUUGCACGCGAUUUAUCUCCAACCCUUGGACGAGUCGAAUCUUGA